UGUGACGAUUCCGUUCCCGGCUCAGUAAUAUUCUCCUAGUCGGGCUGUGCAUAGCUUUUGCAGUGUCUGUGUGUGUUUGUUACUGUAGUUACUGCCUAUAGUUUGGUUAGCUAUGGAAGGAGACGGGAGUCAAGUCACAUCUGGAAGCCCAAAUGAUUCACAACAUGACCCAGGUAAAAUGUUUAUUGGUGGCCUCAGCUGGCAAACCUCACCAGACAGCCUUAGAGACUAUUUUAGCAAAUUCGGAGAAAUAAGAGAAUGUAUGGUGAUGAGAGACCCCACGACAAAACGUUCCAGAGGAUUUGGAUUCGUUACGUUUGCAGAUGCUGCCAGUGUAGACAAAGUCUUAGCUCAACCACACCACGAAUUAGACUCAAAGACGAUUGAUCCUAAGGUUGCCUUCCCCCGACGCGCUCAACCCAAGAUGGUCACAAGAACAAAGAAAAUAUUCGUGGGCGGAUUGUCAGCCAACACAGUGGUGGAAGAUGUGAAGCAGUAUUUUGAACAAUUUGGGAAGGUAGAAGACGCCAUGCUUAUGUUUGAUAAAACUACUAACAGACAUAGAGGAUUUGGCUUCAUAACUUUCGAGGGCGAAGACGUCGUAGAGAAAGUCUGUGAAAUUCAUUUUCAUGAAAUCAAUAAUAAAAUGGUAGAAUGUAAGAAGGCCCAGCCCAAGGAGGUGAUGUUCCCACCAGGCACGCGAGGAAGGGCCAGGGGCCUGCCCUACACCAUGGACGCCUUCAUGCUGGGGAUGGGCAUGCUGAGUGAGUAUGGACCAACACUACUCCAGCACAGUCCAGCACACUACUCAGUUCCACACGGUUACCCUAACAUUGUGGCAACGUACGGUCGUGGAUACACUGGAUUCACCCCCAGCUACAGCUAUCAGUUCCCUGGCUUCCCGGCGACGGCGUAUGGACCAGUGGCGGCAGCGGCGGUGGCAGCAGCGCGUGGCUCAGGUAGGGGGGCCCGAGGAAAAGGCGGCUACAUGGCAUACCCGCAGAACACAGGACCAGGCUUUCACGAUUACGGGUUUUACUCUGCGCCCAGUGACCAGAGGGGGGCGCCCUGCUCCUUUGCGGACUAUGGCUCCCUGGGGCCCCAGGCGGCUCAGAUGCUGCACAGUGAGCAUGCCACCUCCGCCUGCAACUCCCCCCUCCAGCACCUGCACAGCCCGGAUCAGUUUAAGAGCCCAGGGGGAAACCCAGCUCGUCCUGGAGGCUUCCCAGGUGCCAACAGCCCAGGGCCUGUAGCCGACCUGUACGGCCCUGGAGGCCAGGACUCCAAUGUGGCUAACUACAUCAGUGCUGCUAGCCCCCAGGCUGGCUCCGGCUUCGGCCACAGUAUCGCAGGCCCGUUGAUUGCGACAGCUUUUACAAAUGGAUACCAUUGAACAGGUGUUCGGUUGCCAUCUUAUUGGAGCAGAGUCUAUCUGGUGGUCCAGGGAAGACAGACCGAACCUUCUAAUUGGCUCUGUGUACAGGUGAUGUCAUCCAACUUCAAGCACUACAGCAUCACCCAGGAGAAAUGGUGGAACCACAUAAAAAAAAUCAUCUCAGAAAGAAAAGAAAACUGCUGUACCAUAAUCCAAACCUGUAACCUGACAACCUGGUUUGUUAUGACAUUUCUUGAUGAUUUCAUUCACUUUUUUCCUUCCUUUUAUUAGUUGUUUGAUUAGCUUUACAGAGAGGCAUUUUGGUUUGAUCCUAAUUAUUUGUGUCAUUUUUAGAUUUUCUCUUGUAGUGUAUGUAAAUGGAUAUGCUUCUCUCUUCGGGGGUCAUAGUCGAGAAUGUACGAAGUAAUGUGUUCACAUUUCGUACCAAUUUGUUUAAUCAAAAAAGAUCAGAGCUUUAGGUGUCUUUUUGCACAUAAAAGAAAUCCAAAGUGGAAAGUCUUGGGAAAAAAACAUCCAUUUCAUUUCAAAUGAAAAUUCGAGAGGGUAACUAACUAAUAAAUCUUAGUAGCUGUUUUUAAUUAUUGUGAUGUCUCAUUGUUAACCAUAAUUACCUAUUUUUGGGCAAUACAAAGAGGACUCCAAUAUUUUUAUGGUCCUUUUUUACAAGUGUUGUUUUGUUGUUUAGAAAAAAAUAUGUAUACUAUAAAACAUUUCAUAUAAAUACAUUGUGAAUUCAAAGACUUAAGAAAAAGAAAUGUAACUGUAAAUACUAUUCCAGUCAUUGCAUAUAACCAACUCGAUGAGAGAAUAGCAUAUUUUUGUGAUGGUGUGUCAAAGAAAUGUUCUAGCGUGUGAAUAGAAAAAAAAGCUCUAAACAAAUACUAUUAUCCUUUACUGCUCAGAGACAGUGACUACCCCAGUGAUGGACACAACAUAUUUGAACACUGAUGGCUUGCUCUGUAAAUACUCAAGCUGAAUAACUUUACAAGUGUCAAACCAGUGCAUUUACAAGUGGUGAGUUCAGCGCACAGUUUUAAAAGGGAUAAAAGAUCAUUGGUAUCUUUUGUCUAACCAAGUGUUAUUUAAGAGAUCAAUAUUAUUUGAGUGAUCAUUUAAUCCAAAGCACACUGUACUUAGUGUUGAAGAAUAGAACUUGAGCCUAAGCAUUUUACAGUACUCUGCGCAUCCAGACACUUUUAUACUCCUGAGAGAAAAACUCAACUUGUUGUUUGUUGUUUUGUUGUUGUUGUUUGUUUCCUCCUGCUUGUUCCUCUUAAGUUUGGGACUCCAUCAGUUCUCUUUUGAAUGAAUUAGGAAGGGAAACAUUUUGAUACCAUACCUCAGCCCUGUGAGUUAUACCUUGGAAUCGUUGAGAGGUUUAAUUUAUUUUAGUGGCAAAUAGAUUAAAAACAUUGAAUGGAAAAAAAAAUGUAUAAAUCAUUGCACUGUGAGCAGUAAAGAAAGAACAGGCCAUUUCCUAUUUGCACAUGUAUAUGUUGGCUAUUUAAAAUGGUCCUGUCUCUGGGGUGAAGUAUGAAGGUUUAUUGGAUGUUGCUCCUCUCUAGAAUAGGCAUACACAAACAGCUUGGCAAAUAGCAAUUAACUGAUUAAUUACUACCAAUGUGUUGUGGUCAUGUCUUUGGAUUUCAUUGUAUUGUGUAAGCCAACUUCUAAUCUAAAAUAUUGAUGCUAUUUUAGAUCCAGCCAAUAGAAGACACUGAAUAAAUUAUUCAUCCUGGUAACCAUAGCUGCUGCGCUAAUUUCUUACACAGUAUGUGUAGGGACAGGUUUUGCUCAAUUAUAGAGACAUUUAACGACAUGCUUUAAAGUGCAGUAAGAUUUGUAAACAUGAUGAUGGAAUGAGUGGUGUAUAUUCUGAUGUACUUUUCCUGCUGCAAAUGUAUUUGAUAAUUCAUUUCACCUGAUGUUUCAUUUCAUUAGCUCUUUGGUUCAGAACAACCAGGUGAAGAAAAAUGCUGGAUGCUUUUGAAUGAUGUGGAGAUAUGAUCAAGUAAUAAUUUAAAUGAGAAAACAGAAGAGAACCAUUGUAAUGUUCAAAUGUAAAAGGAAAAAAGAAAUACAAAACUUUAAAAAAAGAAAAAGAUGCUUCUUCACUGAUUUCAAUUUUGAAUCAGGGGAUUUUAUUGAUAUUUUUGUGGUUACUAAUUGUAAUAUGAUAUUAUUAAAAUGUACUGUGCAUCCAUCGA